UAUAUAUUUAUCUGUUUACACGCGCUUCGAAAUUUUGAUUUACUUAUCUGAAUAUUUUUCCAGACCGAACAUCAAACAAGAAAACACAUUUGUCCGAAUUUCAUCUUGAGAGCUGUUUGUGCCCUUCAAGAAAUCGAAAGAGAGCUUCUUUCCCCCAUUUUCUGCGAUUCACGAUAUUUCUUCUUCUAUAGGUAAUCAUAAUUUGAUCAUCUUCUCUUUUAUCUCUUUUUUUCUUUCAUUUUCUUCUUGGGUUAUGGUUGGUUGAUUCUGCUAUUUGGGAAUUUUGAUUUCUGUGACUUUUGGGGUUUCAAUUUCAUUCCUGAAUUGUGAUGGAAUCGAAUGGACAACGUUUUUUUACACAUUGAGGCUAAAAGAGAGAUGGCUGAUGAUCAGAGUUCAAGUACUGACCGUCUCGUGAAACCUGAAAGUUUAAACUCAGAUAGAGGAUCCAAUCAAUCUAUUGAAUCUUCUGGAGAGAGUUCUAGAGCUCAGGGUUCCACAAGCCUGUCUACUACUAAAUCUAUGGAUGGUAAGAAAACCGAGGAAGAAGAGACAACGGAACAACGCGAUGUUGAUGAUGAAGAGGAACCGCUCAUCCAAUCGGUUGAAUGUCGUAUAUGCCAAGAGGAGGAUUCCGUUAAGAACCUCGAGUCCCCUUGUUCUUGUAGUGGCAGUUUGAAGUAUGCUCAUCGUAAGUGUGUUCAACGUUGGUGUAAUGAGAAAGGCGACACAACCUGUGAAAUAUGCCACAAGUCUUAUCAACCUGGAUACACCGCUCCUCCUCCUCCUCCCGCUGAUGAUACCAUUAUUGAUAUCGGUGAAGAUUGGGGCAAUGGUGUUCACUUAGAUUUGAAUGACCCACGCAUUUUGGCAAUGGCGGCUGCAGAACGCCAUUUCUUUGAUGCGGACUAUGACGAAUACGCUGAUUCUAACUCUAGCGGAGCUGCAUUCUGUCGCUCUGCUGCUCUUAUAUUAAUGGCGCUUUUACUCUUACGACACGCUCUAAAUCUUACAAACAACAACUCAGAUGACGAAGAAGACGAUCCAUCAGCUUUCUUCUUUCUUUUCAUGCUUCGAGCCGCUGGUUUUCUCCUCCCGUGUUACAUCAUGGCUUGGGCUAUUAGUAUAUUACAACGUCGAAGACAAAGACAGGAAGCUGCUGCUCUAGCUGCGGCAGAAGUAGCGUUUAUGUUACAUAGCGGUGGGGGCGGGGGAGGACAACGCAGAGGAGGUUUGCACUUUGCUGUACCACCAGAGCUUAUAUCUAAUCCACACCACCAACCUGAAGCUUCACCGCAGUGAUUAUAUAUUCCCGUCACCGGUAAGAGAAAUCAAUCAUCAUCUACGACGUUGGUUUCUCUCUAUCUCUCACUUCUCUCUCUGUGUAGUAGCUUGUGUGUUUGUUGUGUACCGGUCUUGCUCUCUCACCAAACACACAAAACUGAGAUUAUAAAACACGGCAAGUUUCUUUGUCUAUUAUCUUCUUACAGACGAGAAAAGAAAGAUUCUUCACCUAUUGGAUUUAUGUUUAUGCUUUUUAUUUAUCUUGUUGAUAAUUCUUUUUUCUCGCUAAUACAGUACAAUUUAGUACUUAAGAAAAUGGCAAAAUGGUAAAUAAGGGAGUAAUU